UGUCGCCGCGACGACAGCAAUGAGACAUAUACAUUUUUUUCAGCCAUUUAACAUUUUAAGCAAAGUAUUUAGUGUUUUUUAAAUAAUACACACAUUGCUUGCAAAUCAAAAAACAUAUACGCGUACAUAAUUCAAGUGGACGGUGGUGAAAAGUGUUGUUGAUACGCGUGCGUGUGCCGUUGGACGAACCAUAACGAGAAAAAAGCAAAACGCUGUGCAGCUGUAAGGUGGAAAAAAUAUUUAUUGAAAAAAAUUAAAAUGCUCGAACGGCAAAUCUGUCAUUUCCAUUGAGUGAGGCGGUCAGUGCGGUGCAGUGUCGGGCCGUAUGUAUUACACAUUGCUGCAUAGUGAGUAGGUCACAGCAGCGCAAAGCUAAUCAGGCAGGCAAAAAAACAAAAAACAAAAUGCAGUGUCACUGAUUGAAAAAAAGUGUGAUAGCGUGAAUAAAAAAACCAUACUCUGCUUAAAAAUAAAUUAAACAGUUAAAACGUCACUAGCACAGCAGCUGCGGCGUGAUGCCACUCGCGCACCAAAUGGCAGCGGCGGUAAAUUAUCAAAAGCUAUAAAACAGAAUUCUUGAAAUAAUAAGAAAGCCAACUCAAUCGCGCUGAAAACAAUAGCAGUGACCGCGCGCCGUGCAAGCAGCAGACGCUGGUGCGGGGAGAACAGCAAGAACAAAAGCGAAGAAAAAACACAAAUCAAAAGGCGCAUAGGGCAAAGCAACAGUGCAGUCGGUGUACCUAUGCAGCUGUGCUCGCAUAUAUUUGCAUUAGUCGUGUGUGUGUUCGCGUGUAUUUAACUGUGCACAAGCACAUCACAGAAUUGCUGCCUUACUUAAGUGAAUUAAAAGCGAGAAAGAAAAAAAGUAUAAUCGGCACAAAAAUAGCAACAACAAAAAGAAACAUAAUGCACUGCCGCUGACAUUUCGGACUAUCAGUGAGACAGGCUGGCGCUAUUGCAGUGCGCCGGCCAAGCAGUUAACUACAACAACGCGUGGAGUUGCUUACGAAAAUCGAAAAUCAAAUCUUGUUGUGAAAAUAGUUACAAGAAGUGUUAUUGAAAAGUGAAAAGUAUUGUGUGCUGGCACUGCAGUAUAGACAGCGCCUGCAGUGACGGUUUUCAUUCAUGCACGUACAUGUGUGUGCAAGCGCAUGUGCUUUCGGCGUAUUUGCGACUUCUACCGCGGUAUGCUAUUAAUUAUUAUGCAAAUAUUCCAAGCAACUAAUAAAAAAACAAUUUUAAUCAAAACCUAUAGUACAACCACAUAAACUCAAAUUAAAAAUUUUAUCACAAAAAAAUACAUAUAAAUCAGUGCUCAUAGUGAAACUUACGGAAAAAACGAACCAACCGAAACGCAAAAUAUACUCCCGUUAGUGAUUAGUGUUAACAAAAUGCUCCAGCGGCUAUGAUUGCCACACUAUUCAUCUUUUUUGCAUUUAUACGUGCGUUCCCUUGGCGGAGACGACGACCACGUCCACUGCAACUCCCACCAGCCACACCGAACCAGGCGUUACCGCCUACGUCAACAAACACCACCACAACAGAAUCCCACCCAACAACAAUUACAAUAGUGCCAACAACAUCAGGCGAAUACCGUGAAAAACCGCCGCCCACAACGCCACUCACGAACGGCAGCGCCGUGCCGAGCAUACAACACGCAGAUGCCACCACCAGCAGUAACGACACUUAUGAUGCAGUCAAACCGAUAACAUCCGGCGAUGAGCUGGAGGAGACACCGCGACGCUCAUCCGUAUUACAGACGCGCCGCAAAUCUUCGAAAUCACUCAAAUACCACGAAGUAACUUUCAGCGGCAGCGUCGGUGGUGGCGAGAGUGAUGACAAUGAGCACGAAACACCGCAGACACGACGCAGCUCCCACCACAAAGUGCACCAACAUCACCACCACCCACUCCAGCAACAGCAACAGCAACAGCGACAUCUGUUGCAGCAUCAGCAAACACUGAGCGCCAACUCGCGUCCCACCUCACCGGAUAGCCAUAGCCAUAGCUCGGCUUCACACUAUCGCUCGCUCAGCAGCGGUCGUACGCGCACGUCCACCGAUUAUGAAACUGCUAGCAGUGAGUUGUAUAACAGUGCCAGAUCGCAGUUGGACGCAACAGCUGACACAAACGCUAGUGGCGGCAGCUUUGAUGCGACGCAUGCGUACGCUGUCAGCGGCACAAAUGGUCAAUUACCCGCAGCUACCAGUAGCGUACGCAGUUUAGCAGGCAGUCGUCGUUUUCCACCGCGGCGCGCCGCCACACUCGCCACCGAUACGCUGGUGGGUACGGACGAUGAGGGCGCCGUUACCGACGCACACGAUGAGGAUGGUGAAGAGGCGUGCGACGAUGAUGAUCACGAUCCAGAUUCAUAUGAUCGUGAAACGGAAGAGUUCUACAGCAAUAUACAAGAUGCUGUAUGCCCGUCGGGUACGCGCAGUAAACGUUCAUCGCUCUUCUCGCGCUCCGAUUCGUCAGCUACCACAACUUCGUCGAGUGGUGGUGGUACUUUCACGGGCGGUAAGCGACGUUCCACCGCUUCGAUUUUAUCGUCGUCGAUGUGCUCCGAUGUCAUACCGAUCGAUAGACGCAGUUCGACCGCCACCGAGUAUAGUGUACGAUCAGCGUCGGGUCAGCGGCGUUCAAGCGGACGUAUACGCCGUUAUAUAUCACGCAUGACGAUCGCCGGCGCACGACGACGCACCACUGGCAGCUUCGAUGUAGAAAAUGGCCAAGGCGCUAGAUCACCGCUUGAAGGCGGCUCACCAAGCGCCGGCUUGGUGCUGCAAAAUCUUCCACAACGUCGCGAAUCGUUCUUGUACCGCUCGGAUUCCGACUUUGAGAUGUCGCCAAAGUCGAUGUCACGCAACUCAAGCAUUGCAAGUGAAAGGUUUAAAGAGCAGGAGGCCUCUAUCCUGAUUGACCGAUCUCAUGGUGAGGAUCUUAUUGUGACACCAUUUGCCCAAAUUUUGGCCAGCUUACGUUCGGUGCGCAACAAUCUCUUAAGUCUGACAAAUGUACAAGCAUCCAACAAGCGCCCAACACAAUCGUCCAGCGUGGGACGUACAUCCACAGCCGGCGUUCAAUUGGUCCAAGGCGAUGAAUCCUACACACGUUUGGCCACAGACACCAUCGAGGAGUUGGACUGGUGUUUGGACCAACUGGAGACCAUACAGACACAUCGCAGUGUGUCGGACAUGGCAUCGCUCAAGUUCAAGCGUAUGCUCAAUAAAGAAUUAUCACACUUCAGCGAGUCGAGCAGAUCUGGCAAUCAAAUAUCGGAGUAUAUUUGUUCCACAUUUUUGGACAAGCAACAAGAAUUGGACCUGCCAUCGAUGCGCGGCGACGACAACCCCGACCAACACAAUAUGCUUACACAGCAUCAGCGCUCCCGUUCGCCACGUGGUCCGCCAAUGUCACAGAUAUCGGGCGUGAAACGACCACUCUCCCAUACGAACUCUUUCACCGGCGAACGUCUGCCCACAUUCGGCGUGGAAACGGUGCACGAGAAUGCGCUCGGCACACUGCUCGGCGACGUCGACACCUGGGGCAUUGACAUUUUCAAAAUUGGCGAUCUGAGCGCCAAUCGUCCACUCACCUGUGUGGCAUACACCAUAUUUCAGAGUAGAGAACUACUGACCAGUCUUAUGAUACCACCGAAAACUUUUAUUAAUUUUAUGACUACUCUGGAGGAUCAUUAUGUUAAAGACAAUCCGUUUCACAAUUCACUGCAUGCGGCUGAUGUGACACAAAGUACAAAUGUACUGCUCAAUACACCGGCGCUGGAGGGCGUAUUCACAUCGUUGGAAGUGGGCGGAGCAUUGUUUGCUGCUUGUAUACACGAUGUAGAUCAUCCCGGUUUAACGAAUCAAUUUUUAGUUAAUUCAAGCUCCGAAUUAGCCUUAAUGUAUAAUGACGAAUCUGUUUUGGAAAAUCAUCAUUUAGCAGUUGCCUUUAAAUUAUUACAAAAUCAAGGAUGUGAUAUAUUCUGUAAUAUGCAAAAGAAACAACGCCAAACAUUAAGGAAGAUGGUUAUCGAUAUUGUCCUCUCAACAGACAUGUCAAAACACAUGAGCUUGCUGGCCGAUUUAAAGACUAUGGUCGAGACGAAAAAGGUCGCCGGCUCCGGUGUGCUAUUGCUGGACAACUACACCGAUCGCAUACAGGUGCUCGAAAAUCUGGUACAUUGUGCCGAUUUAAGUAAUCCAACCAAACCGUUGCCAUUGUACAAACGCUGGGUCAGCCUACUUAUGGAGGAGUUCUUUUUGCAGGGCGAUAAAGAACGUGAAUCGGGCAUGGACAUUAGUCCCAUGUGUGAUCGUCAUAAUGCCACAAUCGAAAAAUCGCAGGUCGGAUUUAUCGAUUAUAUUGUGCAUCCAUUGUGGGAGACAUGGGCCGAUCUGGUGCAUCCCGAUGCACAGGAUAUACUUGAUACGCUUGAAGAGAAUAGAGACUAUUAUCAGAGCAUGAUACCACCAUCACCACCACCAUCGGCGGCCGACGAUCAACCCUCCGACGAUAAGAUACGAUUUCAAGUAACACUUGAAGAGUCCGAUCAAGAGAAUCUAGCCGAACUGGAAGAGUGUGAUGAGAGUGAGCAUAACAAAGCGGAAGCAGCAACAGUGACGACGGCAGCGGGUGAGCACAAGCCGUCGGGGAGUGAGAAUCAAAGCCAUCACGGUGGAAUGUGACGGAGAGUAGCGGGACUAUGUAAGAAAAUCACCGAAAAGGCGCAAAAUUUUUUGCUAAUACGUUAGUAUUA